AUGAAAGCACUUCAACAAUUACUUCAUCAAGUACAAUGGGGUGGACUUGACUUAUUAGUAAUUGACAUGCCCCCUGGAACUGGUGAUACACAACUAACCAUUAGUCAACAAGUUGUUUUAGAUGUUCACGUAUUUGGUCAAAAUGGAGUAUUAAAAACAUCUAAAGAAAUGGGUUUAGAUUAUUUAGGUGAUAUACCAUUAGAUGCUGAUAUUUGUGAAUUAUCAGAUUUUGGUACGCCUGUAGUUGUAACUAAACCUGAUAGUUAUAAUGCGCAAUGUUAUAAAGAAAUUGCAAAAAAGAUAAUGAAUAAAAUAGAUUUAAAAUAUUAG